AUGGCCACCAAGACCGAGACCAAGCCCCAGCUGAGCGGCGUUGCCCUCUACUCCAGAUUCGCCCUUGCCGGCGCCAUCUGCUGCUCCGUUACCCACGGUGCCCUCACCCCCGUCGAUGUUGUCAAGACUCGCAUCCAGCUCGACCCCGCUACCUACAACAGGGGCAUGAUCGGUGGCUUCAAGCAGGUCAUCAAGAAUGAGGGUGCUGGUGCCCUCCUCACUGGUGUCGGCCCUACCUUCGCCGGUUACUUCCUCCAGGGCUCCCUCAAGUUCGGUGGUUACGAGCUGUUCAAGCAGCAGGCCAUCAACUAUCUCGGCUACGAGAACGCCUCCAAGUACCGCACCGGUGUCUACCUCGCCUCUUCCGCCAUGGCCGAGUUCUUCGCCGAUAUUGCCCUCUGCCCUCUUGAGGCCACCCGUAUCCGUCUCGUCUCCCAGCCCACCUAUGCCUCCGGCCUCAUCGGCGGCUUCGGCAAGAUGCUCAAGAACGAGGGUGUUGGUGCCUUCUACGCCGGUUUCGGUCCCAUUCUGUUCAAGCAGAUCCCCUACACCAUGGCCAAGUUCGUUGUCUACGAGAAGGUCGCCGAGGCUGUCUACCAGGUCUUCCCCAAGAAGGACAUGGCCGACAGCAUGCAGACUGUUGUCAACCUCGGCUCCGGUCUCGUUGCCGGUUUCGCCGCUGCCAUCGUCUCUCAGCCCGCCGACACCAUGUUGAGCAAGAUCAACAAGACCCCCGGCGCCCCCGGGGAGGGCACCACCACCCGCCUCAUCAAGAUCGCCAAGGAGCUCGGCCUCAAGGGCUCCUACACCGGCAUCGGCGCCCGUCUCUUCAUGGUCGGCACCCUUACCGCUUUCCAGUUCGCCAUCUACGGUGACAUCAAGAAGGCUCUUGGUGCCACUGGCGGUGUCGAGAUCGGCAAAUAA